AUGGCGCCAUCGAAGGAUACAACGACUCCGAACAAUAAUGACGGCUCGGAGCCUACUGAUUCCACGCAACCACAGCAAACGGCCGCUGGAUCUAGCAAAGAUGCCAAAGAUGUCAAGGAUGUGAAAGGAAAAAAGAAGGAUGGAAAGAAGAAGAAGGGUGAGGAGGAUGUCGAGGAACUCUCGGAAGAAGAUCAGAAAUUGAAGGGAGAACUUGAGAUGCUGGUGGAGAGAUUAAAAGUAUGUUUCUGGACCGGUUUUGCCAUGACAAGAGAUUCCACCCACAUAUCAUCGUAA